AUGUCAGUUAAACGGUCCCGUGCAACUUUCGAGGCCGACCUUCAAGCACAACAAUCACCUUUCGUAGCCUUCGGAACUCCCCUUCCACCUCUGGAUCCGGAUGUGCGAGACGAUGGAUCAUAUGUCCCCGUCUGGAAGCAGGAGGUGAGGGAUGAAAGGGGACAAAAGCGUCUUCACGGAGCUUUCACUGGGGGAUUCAGUGCAGGAUAUUUCAAUACCGUAGGGUCCAAAGAAGGAUGGACACCAUCGACGUUUGUCUCGUCUCGAUCCAAUCGAAAGAAGGAUGCGCCAAAAGCCCCCCAGCAACGGCCCGAGGACUUUAUGGAUGAGGAGGAUAUUGCAGAUGCCGCCGAAGCACAACGAGUAGAAACGGCAAAUGGGUUUGCAGGGCUCGGCACAACCCAAGAUGAUGCCGCACGGCGUGGCGCACUUAUCGACUUAUUUAGGACCGAGGGAGAAACUAUCGGGAUUAAGCUUCUCAAGAAGAUGGGUUGGAAAGAGGGACAAGGUGUCGGCCCAAAGAUACGGCGUAAAGCACGUCUGGAUGGCGUGGAAAAAGCAGGAGAGGACAACAACACCACACAUCUUUUUGCGCCGGAAAAUACGCACAUGAUUAGCUUCGUCAAGAAGAACGAUCACAAGGGUUUAGGAUUUGAAGGGGAGACGAAAUUGGAGCCAAGUAAUGGACCUGGAUCAGAUACCGUCAAAUCGGACGAUGAGGACGAUGUCUCAACAAACCUACUUGGCCCAAAGGCCGCUAAUUCCAAGUUGAAGAAAAAGCAAGCUGUAAGAGGUGGGAUAGGUAUUGGCAUUUUGAAUGAUACCGGGUCAGAUGAUGAAGAUCCUUACGAAAUUGGACCCCGAAUAUCAUACAACCGAGUAAUUGGAGGCGACAGGAAAAAGAAGAAGCCCGCGAAUGGAUCCGUAAAUCCACUUCUCAAAUCAAAACCUGUUUUUAUAUCUAAAAAGGCAGCAAUGGCUAAGGCUGCCAUUGGAUUUCGCAAAUGUCACGACGGUCGACUGCCUUUGGACGGAUUUACACUGAGUAGCAGCGACGAAUUCUCUUCAAUAAUCCAGUCUGCGGGGAAAUAUGCACCUCCAGAGAUUCCCCAGGGCUGGAAAUCUUCGAAAGAACCAAAACCUGGAUCAGCCGGUGCAUAUCUAUCAACGGCAGAUGCUGCUAAAGCAUCCAAGCUUGAUCCGAAAUCCAGAGCCGCGAUACUCGGCGAAGCAGCUCUCCCAGGGAAGUCGGUGUUUGAUUUUCUAAGUCCAGCAGCACGAGAUAAACUUGCUUCUGCAUCUGGCAAAUCAAAUCUUCCAGCGGCUCUGGGUGAAAUACCCGCGGGUUAUGCCAUGACUGAAGAAGAACGACGGAAGGAAUUCCUAGCCCAAAUACCUAAAGUCGACAAAUAUACCGCAGAUGCUGCUCUUAGUCGAGGCGCAAGCGGCUUUAUGCCCUAUAGCGAAGACGAAUCGAAACGAGAUCGAUAUCGAGCAUAUCUUGAGAAUCAAGCUGGUAUAAAUCCGAAUUUACCAGAAAAGGCCCCCGGUAUAUCGAAGAAUGAUUGGUUGAAGGAGCUCAACGAAUUCGCCAACUGCGCGCAAAUCUUCAAGCCAAUGUCAGGAAUGAUGGCUACACGUUUCACUACAUCAAAUACGGCUCCAAAACUUGCAUCAGAUGCCCCUGAUUCCACUACCUCAUUGCUGAGCAAACCUGAACCCAAACCAGAAGAUCCAGCACAACAAGCAGCGAAAUUAGGUAUGUAUGGACCGAUGACUAGAAGCUCUACAGACUGGUACCCUACAAGACUUCUCUGCAAGCGGUUCAAUGUUAAGCCUCCUGCUCACGUGCAACCGGGUUCUACUGAACAUGCCGACGAGGGAGCUGCACCUCGGAACACCGCUCCGGAUCUUGUUUCUCGUAACGCAAUUGAUGAGAUGAUGAGGAAUCAGAAUUGGGAUACUGGUACGAGGAGCAGCCAACCUACGGAAACAGAACCAGUGAUCAAUGAAGUACCAAAAGAAGUGGCCAUCGAUGUGGAAAGAAAUGAAGCCUUAGAAGGACAAAAGGCGGGAGAGGCAGUAUUCAAAGCCAUUUUUGGAGAUGAUAGCGAUGAUGAUGAAUAG